CAACAAACGAGUUGUGAUCUGCAGCAUCGAUGGUAACCAGAAAAGCACAAUCCCGAUGGAACGAUGGGCACGUGGCAUUGCAGCUACACGCACCGGCAAUCGCUUGGUGGUUGUGGCGGAGAACGCAUCCCGGGUGAAAGUCUUUGACAAGGACAAUACGCUGGCUUUCCAGUUCCCCACAGUGCCACCGAGUGAGGUCAGUAAGACUGCAGUGGACCUCUGGAGUGUAGCAGUCAAGACGGAUGGGACCAUUGUGGUUGGUGAUGUCCAGAGGAUGGUGCUGACCGAACACAGCCCCACUGAUGGCGAACUCAGAAGCACCGUCCCAGUCAAGAUUGAACCUCGUUAUGUGGCUGUUGACAGCAAUGAUCGAGUUGUAAUCAGUGACUGUGAACAACAGUUAGUCGGGGUUGUUAGUGCGAAUGGUGAUACACUGUUCACCAUCAAACCUACCAUCGAUGGUGAGGUAGUUAGAUACUGUACUGGUGUAUGCGCAGAUAGCGCGGGCAUCUAUGUUGCAAUGCAUAAUGAUGAUGAUGACACCGGUCAUAUCCACCACUAUGACCCUCAAGGUGGCUUUCUCCACUGCAUCGCAGAGGGUCUGCACUAUCCCCAGGGAAUCACAUUCGUAGCAGAUGGGCAACUGGCAGUUGCAGACUUUAACUCAGUGAAGAUUUAUGACUUUAUUUAAUGUAACACAAACAAAUCGAUUUCCUUCCGCUUUCUUCGGGAGGAAACAGCAGUAGCAUUAGUCGGAAAUGUUGCGGUGUGUACAACAUUGCAUUCAAUGUCAUCAAGUUUUUUUAAUAGAAAAUUAUAUCCACAAAGGUUUGCGUAGGCUUACUGCAUGGCAGAAAUGGAAAGCAUACUACAUCAAAAUUUCACUGAGAUGGGAUUUAAAAGUAUGGGAGCUACAUAAAGUGCUCAUCAUUUAAACAAAUUUCCUUUGUUAGUUUUGCAUUGUUAACUAUAUUUCCUCACGACUUAUGAAUUGUUUUCAUAGAUCCAUUUAACAGUAGUAAAUGCAUCCCAAUAUUGGUGAGUUAUGCCUACCGUGAGCGCUCACAGGAGAUAUGGGAAGUUGUCAGCUUGUCUCACCAAAAGAAUCAGACUCAUUUUAAUGCAAACAUCUUGCAGGGGAUUAUCAAAUUGAGGAGAGUAUAAAAACUGAAAAAUAAUAUAUGAAGUCAAAUUGUUCUCAUUGAGAUUUACAUAAAAUUUUAAUGUUCUCAAAAGCUUACUUUGUUUGAGUAGUGGGAUAGCGAAGAUCUCAUCAUUUAAAUAGUGAAGUACAUUUGUAAAAGUCGAUGUGGAACUCACGUUUGGAGGAAUAUUGCCCUCAUAACUAAACUGUCCCUUUGUGUUGAACCGUCUUAUUCUUAUUUGCAGUUGAAGGUAUAUUACGAAUUAAUACCUCGUUAAAGACAGGCCCAAUGUCACCAUUUGGAGGAGAGUUAUAUUGAUUCAUUUCCUUUGCAACUCCUUUCGAAAUAAAAUUCAUUUCGUUUUCUUUUGAACUCAAAUGAAGGUUUUGUUAGAGAUUUAAAUGAUGUUUUUCUCGGUGGCAGAGGCAAAAGCAAGAUGAAAUGUAGGUUAUAAAACGUUUCAUUUGCAAAUUGCUUAAUUUUCUUGCAUUUUAUUUACAUAGUUUUAAUU